CUACCUUUAUGUAUGUCUAUGCUUACAAUAAUCGUUUUUAACCUCAUAGUAUAUUGCGUCCUAGAAAGAGAAAUCCGUAAAGAAGAAAUAACUGCUAUUUCUUUCUCAAAUUAACUGAACACGUAGUGCGUCAAGGGUAUAAACGAUGAGUACACCUCAAAACACCGGAUUGUCCUUUGCGACUCCAAAAUCUACAGCAGGAAUUACUGGUUUGGCUUUUGGCACUCCAAAUACUAUGGUUCCUGGUACUGGCUUUGGCCUCGGUAGUGGUAUAACUGCAACAACAACAUCCAUAUCUACAGUCACGAGCCUGCCAAGUUUUACAAAUCUGACGAGCAGUACGACGCCUAUAUCCGCACCAUCAGGACUCUCCUUUGAUGCUGCAAAAACAUCUACAACUGCAGCUACAGGAUUUUCUCUUGCGACGACUACAACAGGAGGACUCAGUUUUGGAGCAUCAAAACCUAUGACAGGAUCAACUGGUUUGACUUUUGGCACUCCGAAUGCUAUGCCUACCGGAACUGGAUUUGGUCUUAGCAACACAAUUGCAACAACAACAUCUACGGCAGCAAAUGUUCCAAAUUUUAAUCUCCCUAGCAAUCCUAGCUCUGUAGUUACAGUUCCAUCUAUGGCACCAGGACUUACAUUUGAUGCCUCAAAAACAGGCUAUAGUAGUACCACAACUGCAACUACAGGAUUUCCUCUUGCGGCAACUACAGCGUCAGGAUUUAGUUUUGGAAGUGGAACAUCAACAACAAGUUCCACAGGAUUUCCUUUGAGCAAAACAACUUCGGCUGCUAUUUCAACGAGUCUAACAGCACCCUCUACGCAUACUUCUUUGGGUACCGCCACUACUGUUAGUUCUGUAACUGGUAUUCCAUCAGGAGCAAUUAAUUUCUGUCAGCUUGAAGAAUCGAUUAAUAAGUGGACCUUAGAUUUGGAAGAGCAAGAGAAGGUAUUUGUGAAUCAAGCAACGCAAAUCAAUGCUUGGGAUAAAUUGUUAAUAACGAAUGGGGAGAAGAUAGUGACAUUGAAUCAAGAGGUUGAAAGGGUGAAAAUUGAGCAGCAACAAUUGGAACAUGAACUGGAUUAUGUCGUUGGACAACAGAAAGAGUUACAAGAAUGUUUAGUACCAUUAGAAAAAGAAUUAGCAUCUCUUUCUAUUUCGGAUUCCGAUCGAGAAUAUACUUAUCGUUUAUCAGAGAAUCUCGAUACUCAAUUAAAACGUAUGUCAGAGGAUCUAAAGGAAAUAAUAGAACACUUAAAUGAAGCAAACCGCGCUCAGGAUUCCAGUGAUCCUAUUGUUCAAAUUGGCAAAAUCUUGAAUGCACAUAUGAACAGUUUACAAUGGCUAGAUCAGCAAACGGCUUUGUUGAGCCAGAAAAUACAACAUAUUGAUCAGAUGCAUCAGAGUUUUAGACAAGAAAGUGAACAGAACUUACAUUUAGCAUACAAUUAGUUAACUUAUUUUAAACUUACAAAAAUUAUUUUUUGAAUUUAACAUACCAUGUUAUCCCAUUUAUCGGGGAGUGAAGAGUGUGAGUGAAUAUGAUAUAAAUGUAUUGAAUGUAAGAAUGAAAAAAAAUUGGAAAAUAUAUAUAUUUUGCAUUUCAAUAUUA